UAUUAUAAUAAAAUGCCGACGGAAUUUUAGACUUGCGCGCAGUACCAAUUCCUUAGGUCUGAUGCCUUUGAUGCACAUCGCUUUUAUUCCUAAAAAUUCACCUGUACUUUCAUCGAGCGAGGACCACCCCUUACUAAUUACCGGCAGAUCGAUAAUCAUCGAUGAGGGCCGUGCACGAGGUUCUUCGGAGCAGUCCAGGCUCGUCGGCGAGCGAAGCAACAUUAGGAGUUGCGGCUCCUUCGAUCGUAUCAAACGUACAAAACACCGUGACGUUAUCGCAUCUACUUUGCGUAAAUCCUGACGGGCACAAACAAGUUUUUUUUUUACGAUUUUUCACUGAAUCGUAAAAAAGUUCGUGAAAUUUCUCGCCGCCGAUCUUGCGGGUAAAAUGGAAAAAUAUGAAAAUAUCGAGAUAGUAGGUGAGGGAAGCUACGGACUCGUGAUGAAGUGCAGACAUCGCGAAACCGGACAGAUAGUAGCGAUAAAAAAGUUUUUAGAGACGGAGGAAGACGUCCAGGUGCGAAAAAUGGCGUUUCGUGAAAUAAGAAUGUUAAAGAAAUUACGUCAUGAGAAUCUGGUGAACAUGAUCGAGGUGUUUCGCCGAAGAAAGCGACUGUAUCUCGUGUUCGAGUAUCUCGAUCACACCGUGUUGGAUGAAUUAGAAGAAAAUGAAAAUGGUCUCGACUGGGAGAAAUCGAGACGAUAUAUUUUCCAAAUACUUCGCGGCUUAGACUUCUGUCACAAUCACAAAAUUAUGCAUCGCGAUGUGAAGCCCGAGAACGUGCUGGUAUCACCGAACGGCGUGAUCAAGCUCUGCGAUUUCGGUUUCGCACGUUACGUCACCGGACCCAAUGAGUCCUGUACCGAUUACGUGGCAACGAGGUGGUAUCGCGCGCCAGAGCUCCUCGUCGGCGAUUCCAGAUACGGUAGAGAGAUCGAUAUCUGGGCGGUCGGAUGCAUCUACGCCGAGAUGGUCACCGGCCAGCCGCUCUUUCCCGGCGACAGCGACGUCGAUCAGCUGUACCGCAUCACGAAGGUCCUUGGUCCUCUUUCUGGCAAGCAGUCAGUGAACGGUAGCGGCAAACGGAUAUUUCUACUCCGGCAUGCAAAACCCGACGAGAUUGUUAGCUCAAUGCGAUCCACGGGCUUCCGAAGUCUCUUUCCAACGUGGACUCCGAAGGCGAUCGACUUUCUGACUCAGUGUCUUCGUAUGGAUCCCACUGUCAGACCAAAGUGCCUUGUAUUGUUGCAGCAUCCGUUUUUUUUACAUGACGGUUUCGCCGACAGAUUCCUCGGCGAGCUGCAUCGACUUGUCACGAAAGAAUCCGCGAUGAAUCUGCUCGGGGCCAAAAGGGCGGAAACGACGUCCUCCAGAAUCUGUCGCAGUAGCACCGGCAGAUGGCAGAUGACAUUAAUCAAAGAGAGGCAAGCGGCGAAUAACAACACAGAAUCUGAAGCCACGGAGAGCGAGAAUUCUCCAGGAGAUCAUGUUAAUGCGAAUGCCGCGAAUAAGCUACAAAUAAACAGGCCGCGCGAAUUGCGCUACUUCGGACCAGUCUCAGUAAUACCCAACACCACAUAUAUUCGACGGCUGGAGCACAAAGGGCUUCUGAUCCCUGAAUCAAAGGGCUGUAUCUUGCCAGCUUUAACGUCGAAGACGAACGCCAAGAGGAAGAAGCUCGAUCUGCCUGGCCUGAAAAAUCGUUGAUCGUGCUCAAUAAAUAGCAUACUUCUUUUUUGUAAUGUUAAUGUCGAGGAAAGAGCGAGAGAACUGUACAAAGAAACUAUUGUAUAUGUGCGAGACAUGGCGCGCGUGUACAUAAUUUAUAUUUUACACACUCUGUAAAUGCAUGAAUGUAAAUGUAAAAUGUCGAUUAGUGUGUUUGUAAGGUACGAUUUAUUGGGUCUAUAAAGAAACAAUAAAUACUGAGAAUGUUUAUUCCUUUCAUUUUAUAUCGAAUCUAUAUGAAAAUAUGAUUGCAGUUACUAUAAUUCAACUAUUAUUUUAGUUUCAACUGAAAUUUUAUUUA